AAGCGUGUUGCCCUGGCAGGCUCCAGAGCAGAUGCUGUCACUGCUGCAGGGGGACGGGUUGGAACUUGACCUACAGACAGGAGGCUAAUUUGCUGUUGGCAUCACCCAGCCUUGCUUUAGAGGAGCCUGCUGGAUCCUCACGCUCCUGAGGAGGAGGAUCACUGCCCUGGGGCGGGGUGAGGACUCGCGGCUUGCAGGUAAAUGCGAGAAAGCCAUUGCAUUAAUUCUACCCCUUUAUAACAACCUUCCCAGCCCCUUGUCACCAGUCUCGGAGGCGGCCUCCCAGAGUGCAUAUUAUAGCACAAUAGAUAUCUUAACCACCCCUUCCAGCUCUUUCCCACCCUAUCAGUGCAAAAAGAAGAAGAAAGGGUGUGUGUGUGAAACUGAUGCUGCAGCAACUAGGAGCGGGUGUCAUCAAAAGGGAGAGAGACCGAACGAGGAACAGAAGCUGCUGCUCAGGAGUCAGCAUCAUUCCCUGGAAGCUGGAGAGCAAAGAAGAACUGAAGAAGGGAGCCCCAUCGGAGAGGACACCGCGAGGGGCCUUCCCAGUGCUCUUCGCCUUUUGUGAAGGAACCUGUUUCAUUUUUGGAACUGGAUUUUGCCACAGUCUUGAACUGCCAUGGUAUGACAAGAGCUUUCAGAGAAUUGGCUUAGAAGGCCUUUACGUUUCCUAAGUGUGUGCAACAGGAUUUGGGCUCUGCUCCUGCAACGUCCCAGUGAUCAUGCCAUCCUUGCCCAGUGAGGGAGAUAACCAAGGGACCUCUUCCCUGACUUUGAGCUCGGACCUGUCCUUCCAAAGCACAAUAAGGAGAAAAGUCAGAGAGAAGAAAAAGCAUGGAGCAAUCACUGCGAAUAUUGCUGGCACAAAAUAUGAGAUUGUACGUGUUGUAAUGGAAGAAAUGGGGUAUGUCAAGACUCGGGAUGACGAUGAGACUGCAAAUCUCAUCUGGAGUGAUUGUGCUGUGCAGCAGGAAAAGAUUGCAGAACUCCGAAACUACCAGAGAAUCAACCAUUUUCCAGGAAUGGGUGAGAUCUGUAGAAAGGAUUUCUUAGCAAGAAACAUGACCAAAAUGAUCAAAUCUCAGCCUCAGGAGUACAGCUUUAUUCCUCGCACGUGGAUCUUCCCAGCAGAGCACACACAGUUCCAGAAUUAUGUGAAAGAACUCAAGAGAAAACGUAGACAGAAAACAUUCAUAGUCAAACCAGCUAAUGGGGCAAUGGGGCAUGGAAUCUCUCUCACAAGAAAUGCGGAAAAGCUGCAUUCUCAAGAACACCUCAUAGUCCAAGAAUACCUUGACAAACCAUUUCUUAUGGAAGGCUACAAAUUUGAUUUGAGAGUGUACAUUCUGGUGACUUCUUGUGAUCCGUUAAAAAUAUUUUUAUAUCAUGAUGGGCUAGUGAGAAUGGGCACAGAGAAGUAUCAUCCCCCCAAUGAAUCAAACCUGAGCCAGCUGUAUAUGCACCUGACCAACUACUCUGUGAAUAAGCAUAACGAGCGUUUUGAACGGGAUGAAACAGAAGAUAAAGGCAGUAAGCGCUCUAUAAAGUGGUUUACUGAGUUUCUGCAAACAAAUCACCUUGACGUUUCCAAAUUCUGGAAUGAUAUUUCAGAAUUGGUGGUGAAGACACUCAUCGUAGCAGAGCCACAUGUCCUUCAUGCUUAUCGUAUGUGUAGACCAGGACAGUCUCCAGGAAGUGACAGUGUUUGCUUUGAAGUUCUGGGGUUUGAUAUCCUGCUGGACAGAAAACUCAAGCCAUGGCUCCUUGAGAUUAACCGAGCCCCAAGUUUUGGUACUGACCAAAAAAUAGACUAUGAUGUGAAAAAAGGUGUUCUGCUGAAUGCAUUAAAGCUGCUCAAUAUAAGGACAAGUGAUAAAAGAAAAAAUUUAGCCAAGCAAAAAGCAGAAGCUCAGAAGAGACUUUAUGGCCAAGGCUCGAUGAAAAGGCUGUCGCCGGUGUCUUCUGAUUGGGAGAAACAGCGUCGUUCCCUGGAAAGGAGGAGAGAGGAGCUGAAAGAGAGACUUGCACAAGUACGCAGGCAAAUCUCCAAAGAAGAAUAUGAAAACAGACACAUGGGAAAUUACAGGCGUAUUUACCCUCCUGAUGAUAAGCUGCUACUUGAAAAAUAUGAGGGCUUGUUAGCCACUGCCUUUCAGACAUUCCUGGCUGGCAGAGCUGCUUCGCUUCAACGGGAGAUGAACAACCCUCUGACCAGGAUGAAGGAAGAAGACAUAUUAGAUCUUCUGGAACAAUGUGAACUGGACGAUGAAAAAUUAAUGGGAAAAUCUGUCAGGACACGUGGACCGAAGCCCCUGUAUUCCAUGCCAGAGAGUGCACAGUUCUUGAAGAAAAACAAGAAUUACAGCAGCGGCAGCAGCUGCGAAAGCAGCAGCGAGAUAUCUGAAUGGGAGGAGGAAGCUGACAAAGAAGAUGAAAAUGCAAAGAAAGAGAGGAAUGUCUCUUUUGACGUGGAGGACAGGAAAUUAAUAGAGCGGUCCAAACUGAAGUCCAACCACCCCUUACACUUUGCAGAGUAUCAAGGUGAACUUUCAGGCAGAAUGUACUGGAAGCAACCUCUUAAAAAAGUCCCAUCUUCCACCUCACCGGCAGGUUAUAUCAGGCGUUCAGUCAGCUGCCCUCGAUCUAUUUCAGCUUUGAAUAUGCAAAUACAAGCCAGUGAAAACCGCCCUUUCUCAGCCAAGACUGUGGUACAGAUCUCUCGUCUGCCUUCUGUGAGUAGGUCACACUCCUUAAACAGAGGUUCACCUGCAGUCAAAAUGUCUCAUUCUGCCAAUCUGGGUACUGUACAUUCUCCUGUGGCUGAAAUGCAGCAGAGAACAAAAGAGCAAGAGGAGUCCCUGACAAAGGAGACCCUGGUCAUUUUCACUGAUAUGAAGAUUCGAUUCCCAGGGAAAACGAAUGAAGAAGCGGAAUUAAUAAUUGAAGAUAUUAUGGAUAACUGGAAAUACCAUAAGUCAAAAGUGGCUUCAUAUUGGUUAAUAAAACUAGACUCUGUAAAACAGCGGAAGGUUUUAGAUAUAGUGAAAGCAAGCAUCCGUUCUGUUCUGCAGCAUAUCUGGAGAGUUUCAGAUGUUGACUGUUUACAUUUGUACCGACUUUUUAACCGUGUGUUUAAUCGCCUGCUGUGGAGUCAUGGCCAAGGGCUGUGGAACUGUUUCUGCAACUCAGGGAGCUCCUGGGAGACGAUAUUCAGUAAAAGCACAGAAGCGGUGACUGCCGAUCAGCUCCAGUGUUGCCAACGAAUAGUAGAACUUUGUAAACAGUGCCUGCUAGUGGUUUACAAAUACGCAACUGAUUCUAGAGGGUCUCUCACUGGAAUUAACCCGGACUGGGAUGACACAAGAAGAAGCAUGCUGCUCCUGCAUUCAACCUGCCGAUGUCUACAAAGGCUGCAGAUGGAAUACAACUUCACAGUUGGAGACCAGAUAUUCACUGCCAGGACCUUUGCAGUUCAUCAUGAAACCUUCCACCGGUUUUGGAUGUAGCUCAUCUGGAAUGACUCGCUCUAUUUUGUUUACACCUAGCUACGACCACUCAUGAAACAAAAGGGAAUGUUGUUAUAUAUAAUGGGCAAUUUAGUUUAUUUUAUUUCGUCUCAGUUUCAAAUGCGAUGGAACUGAAUCUAGGCACUGUUAUAUAUUUAUUACAGAAUAUAAAAUGUAGCUCAAAAAACCUGCUGUAAACACUUCACCUUUCUGGAAAUGUAAUAAACCUUAUUAAAAUGUUUACAGCGAGAUGUGAGUAGUCAGACCUUGAUAGGUUUCUAAGUAAUUCCUCCCUACAAAAUAAUAAAAAUAAUAAUAAAAUGCUGCAGAGUCUCUAAGGUUGCAAUCCUAUAC